AAGUUAUAUUUAGUGACAGAAACAAUAUGUCUCGUAAAAGCUCAUCUGUGCAGCGUGCACCAACGACGGCUACACAAAGACUUAAACAGGACUAUCUUAGGUUGAAGAAAGAUCCAAUUCCAUAUGUCACUGCAGAACCCCUGCCAUCUAAUAUUCUUGAAUGGCAUUACUUGGUGUUAGGACCCAAUGACACACCCUAUUUUGGUGGUAUAUAUCAUGGAAAAUUAGUCUUUCCGAGGGAAUUCCCAUUCCGCCCACCUUCUAUAUACAUGAUCACCCCAUCAGGAAGAUUCAAAUGCAACACAAGAUUGUGCUUAUCGAUAAGUGAUUUUCAUCCAGAUACUUGGAAUCCUGCCUGGUCUGUAGGAACUAUUUUAACUGGAUUGUUAAGUUUCAUGGUCGAGGAUUCUGCCACAUUAGGUUCUAUUGAAACAUCACACUAUACAAAACGUCAACUCGCACUUCAGAGUGGACCAUUCAACUUGAAAGAUUCAGUUUUCUGUGAACUAUUUCCAGGAGUUGCCAAGGAAAUUAGAGCAAGUAUGAAUGCUCAAACAACAUCUCAGACAACAAAUGCUAAUGUAAGAAAUGAACAACAAUCAAACGCUGCAAAUGAAAGGGAGAGAGACAACCAAUCUAAUCUUGUAAAUUUAGUUAUUGUUGCCGGAGUUGCUCUAUUUGCUCUUGCAGUUAAUAGUGUUAUUCAAAGUUUAUGAAUAUUAUAUUUGUGAAAAGUUUAUAUCGCAAAUUUAACUUGAUAGAAACGAUAUAGAUCUUAUGAAGUACCGUACUUCCUACAGCCGUAAUAAGCCAACUCGUGCUAAAAAUAAUUUUGCUUAGAUGGCCUAAAUCACUGCACCUCUGUGCUUGUUUAUGUGAAUAAAUCUGCAAUGCUCAUUAAUUUGUUAAAGUAUAUUUCUGUAAUGACUGCUUACAUUAUUGCCGAAUAAUAGAUGUAUAUUAAUGACGCUUCAUCAAUAAGGUACAAUGUGAAACUUGAAUACAGAUAACAAAUAAUUACUAUGGUAUGAUGAAUCGUUAAUAUCGUUUUUAAUUUAUAUGGUAUUCUGAAAUUUUGAACCUUAAAAUAGUCAACCCAAUACUUAUAUUGUCAACACCAAUUGGAUAGGACUCCUCUGUUUCAUAUGACUAACACUAUUUGGAGGAAACUUAGAAAUGUCACUCAAUAAAUUCCAUCAGGAAUACAAAAAAUCAUCAAUGUUGCAUAUUGGAAUUGUUUAUCUUUGAAGGAGUAAUUUCAAAUCAUUUAUUGUUCAAUUGUAAGUUUAUUUUUUCGAUGUCCUGAUGAAAUCAUGGCAAUUUGUAUAAUUCGGUCAUUAUUCAACUGAGUAUUCAACACUCAUAUUUUUUGCUUUGCGACAAUAUUUAUCGAGUGUAUUGUAUUUUUCAUUGGCAAUCCAUAAAAGGAGUAUAAAUAUUAUGUUGUGGAAAGUUGAGAUUAUAACCCUGUUACUUGAGAUAACAUGUAGGUAUUUUAAUGGCCAUACCCAUGGGUUAAUUCAUUACAUACGACAACAAGGCUCACAAUUAUUAGUCAGCAUUGGUGAUAUUCUAGUCAAUUCGGAAAAAAUUAAGGAUUCGAUAUAUUUAAUAACGAAUCAUAUGUAUUUCACUGGUCAACUUUAUCUAACUUCCGUUUACCGUUUGACAAUGUGGUUAAAUUAUUUAGAUUACUUAACAUACAUUGAAUUUCCAUACAUGCUAACUUUUUUGUACACCUGAAUCGAGUGUUUUUUCUAUUGACUUCUAUGUUAUGUUUUAAAUAAAUUAGCAGUUCCAGGAGUGUGUAAGAGUAGCAUAUGUAAUGUAAUAGUAACAGUCUGUUUUGCUCCACUGUGAAUCAGUUUGCUAUGUUGUAUAUAGAAUAUAUGUGUAAAUAUCGUUUUACUUUGUUGAAAUGAGUUCCAAUUGGGCACCGUGAGUGAAUACAUUAUAUAGAGGAAUAUUUUUUUGAUUGGAAAAUAUUUUUGUCGUCACCUUAAUGGCAAUGUUGGUUAUGCCUCUUAUGUGUAUUUAUUUCUACAUAUUUUGAUGUUUUUGAUUUUCAAUUCGGACAAUGUAUCUGAAAACCGAACUAAAAAUUGCUUUGGGAUUUUGGGAUGUGGUACUUUAGUAGGUAUACUUUUGAAUCUGAAAGGGAGGGAACGUUUUUUGCCAGUUUAUUAUAAGAGUUUGUUUCUGUGUUUGUGAAGUGCAAAAAACAAAAAGGGAAAAUUUUGUUGAAUUUUCAAUCUAGUGACCAUUGAUUGCAGGUUUUGUGAUUUUCUUGUAUGUCCACACCACAUGAUUUGUCUUGUAUGUCCACAUUUGUUUUUUUCAAACCUUCAAAUUCUGUGCGAAUCUUUUAUUUCAUUAUCUUAUAUUUUGCGUUUGUAUCAUAUUAUGUCAUUAUGUAAAACAUUAG